AUGACCACGUCAACUUUCACAUCGCUACAUCAAGGAGGGGAUGAUGUUCACCAUCCUCAUUUCUUACGUGUUUCCUUUGAAAUAUCCCCAAAUCGGCUUUACCAAUUUCAUAGAAGCCCUCACCUUUUUUACAAGCUCCUACUAGUUUUGUUCCCUACACUCUCGAAUUCAUCACAUCAACGCAUAAUCAUUCAAAGAGGAUUUCUGCUCUGA